AUGCUGGAAGAAAGCCACUCGGAGGCUUCAUUUGGUCAUCAAGAUUAUCAAGAAGCAGCUGUUGUAACCUCUCAUAACUUCACAGAGGUUGAAGAAAGCAAGCAAAGCAGCAACUGUGGCUCUGUUAAAUAUCUCUACAGAGCAUGGCAUCCUAGUACAACACAUGCCAAAUACAUGCCAACCUAA